AUGGAUUUACCUAGGAGAUUUAUCAACUGGAUCAUGUUGGCUGUCACCACUGUGAGCUAUCAAUUCAAUAUAAAUGGGACCUUAUCUAGAAGAGUCCAAGCUAAGAAGGGAUUAAGACAGGGAGAUCCCAUUUCUCCCCUCUUAUUUGUUAUUGUGAUGGAAUAUCUUCAUAGGAUGCUUGAUGAUCUGAAACAAGAUGCUGACUUCAGGUAUCAUAGCAAAUGCAAAAAUAUAGGUCUGAUUGAUUUGAGUUUUGCAGAUGACCUAUUGCUUUUCUCUAGGGGUGAUGUGAAUUCUGUUCAGAGUCUUAUGAAGAAAUUUCAGAAGUUCUCUAGGGCAACAGGGCUGGUUGUUAACCCUGCUAAAUGUAAGUUGUUUUGCAGUGGUUUAGACAACAUUCAUGAGAAGGAAUUGGUAGAUAUCACUGGUUUUUGUACUGGUACUUUGCCUGUUAAAUGUCUGGGGAUUCCUCUGGAGAGCAAGAGAUUAUCUGCUAGAAAUUGUACCCAUCUGGCUGAGAAGAUUGGUAGAAGAAUAAAUCACUGGUCUGCACAUAUGUUGAGUUAUGCUGGGAGGAUUCAAUUGAUUAGAAGUGUUCUCUUUAGCACUGCAAAUUACUGGCUUCAAUGCUUGCCUCUUCCUAAAGGUGUCAUUCAGAGGGUAGAUAGCAUGUGCAGAAAUUUCUUGUGGUCUGGAAAAGGAGAAUAUUCUAGAAAAGCCCCUGUUGCUUGGAGUAAAAUUUGUGAGCCCAAAAACCUUGGAGGGCUGAAUGUCAUUGAUUUGAGUAGAUGGAGCAAGGCUUGCAUGAGUAAGCUUCUGUGGGAUUUAUGCAGAGAAAGAGAUAGUUUGUGGUUUAGGUGGGUUCAUACCUACUACAUAAAAGGAGCAAAUGUUAUGGAGGUGCAGCUGAAGCCUAGUUGCUCGUGGAUGCUAAAAGCUAUACUCAACCAAAGAGAAGAAGUGAGUCAAAUGGCUGUUUGGAACAAGAUGUUGACUGAGAAUAAAUUCUGCAAGAGGAAGAUAUACAAACAGCUACUCAGCAAUAUGCAAGAUGUGCCUUGGAAAAAAUUGUUCUUUGACAAUGAGGCAAGGCCUAGAGCAGGAUUCACUUUGUGGAUGGCUUGCCUAGAUCGACUUGCAACCAAAGCUAGGCUCAUGAAAUUUGGCAUUUUAGACAAUGAUCGAUGCAGUAUGUGUUCUGAUAGGGAAGAUUUGAAUCAUCUUUUCUUUGUGUGUAACAGGACCAGGAGUGUAUGGCAAGAGAUUCUGUUAUGGCUCCAUGAAGAUCAUGUUCCAGGCAAUUGGGAAUGUGAGAUGAAGUGGAUGGUGGAUCGAUGUAAACACAAAGGCUGGAAAACGACCUUGCUGAAAACAGCAUUUGCAGAGACUUUUCAUGCUUAUUGGUUGUAUAGAAAUAGCUUGAUUUUUAAGAGUGAUGAUAUAUAUAGGAAUACUCAUAGAAAUAUCUCUAAAGAUAUCAUAGAUAAAAUAGUACAAAGAGUAUGGAAUAAACCUAAGCUUAGAGGGAAACUUGUUCCUUUCCUUCUUUGA